AUGCCGGACAAGUGGUCACCGAAACGGACCAGUGAGAAUCGGUGUCUGCCAAGCCCGCCUGUGUGCUUCUGUAACAACCGGUGGUAUAAGCGGAUCCGAGUGUACGCUCUGGACAGGGAUCCCAUCGCUUAUCAACGGGCGGUUAUGUUGUCUAAAAGCAAACUAAUCGCCGCUAAUGGACAACAAGUGAUCCCAUUGUUGGGCCGAUUCAGUGAAUUCCCGGCUUUAAUGGAUGCCGAAGACGUGUCGCCCGAUUCGGUGGACGGAGUUAUCAUGGAUUUGGGCGCGUCUUCCAUGCAAUUCGAUGACCAACGAAGAGGUUUCGCUCUGUCCAGCGAUGGACCGCUUGAUAUGCGAAUGGAUGGACAGCGCUUUGAGUCGAUGCCAACGGCCGCGGAUGUGGUCAAUACACUCAAUGCCGACCAUUUGGCCAAAAUAUUUAAGAUCUACGGCGAGGAGAGGUAUGCGUUAAAAAUAGCGCAAACAAUAAUCGACUCGCGAUUCCUAAUGAAGAGGUUGUCGUCGACCACCGAAUUGGCGAAUCUGAUCGCAAACAUCAGUUCCAAUCACCAGUCCUUCGACCGACUCGGACGGCCCCAACACUCGGCCACUCGAGUGUUUCAGGCGUUGAGAAUCUUCGUCAACAAUGAGAUGAAUGAAUUGAAUUACGGUUUGGAAAAAGUCCGCAAAUUCUUGAAACCAACCAAAAACAGCCGCUUAUUGGAGAGAAACGAAACGAUCGAUGAUUAUGAAGAGAUCGACGGCGGAGUGAUUGCUGUCCUCUCCUUUCACUCACUGGAGGACCGGAUCGUCAAAAAGCAUUUAAUCGGCACUGAAUUGAACACAACGUUAGAACCGAAACAUUUCAGUUCUUUGGAGAAACCGAGUGAACGAGAGUUGUCUCAAGUGAUGACCAAAUUGUGGAAACAAAUCAAUAAACGAGUUAUACUUCCCAACGAAGAGGAGGUGUUGUUUAACCCCAGAAGCAGAUCCGCUAAAUUACGAUUAGCCAUAAGAAUCCUGUAG